AUGAUGAAUGAGCUGGCUUAUCGGUUCAUAUUUGACGAGUCGGAAUUUGGUGACAACCUUGAAAGUGUGCUCUGUACGGAGUGCAUCGUACAGGAUCCCGAACCGAGUGUCGUCAUAUGGUCAGCCAUGCCAAGGCGGAGUCUGGGUUCGAGCGACGAGCGAUUCUGGGCCCAGCCGCCAGACUUUCCCGAGGCCCGGGAGCAAGGGUUGAAUAUUGAGUUGGACGAGAUAUACUAUGAGGUAUAA